AUGGUGUCUCUGAAACUACAGAAACGAUUAGCAGCAAGUGUAAUGGAUUGUGGAAAAGGAAGGGUUUGGCUCGACCCUAACGAGACGCCUCUCAUUUCCAUGGCCAAUUCAAGGAUGAGCACAAGAAUGUUGGUUAAGAAUGGAUAUGUAAUGAAAAGGCCUACAAAAAUCCAUUCAAGAUCUCGUGCUCGCAAGACCUUGGUUGCAAAACAAAAAGGAAGGCAUUCGGGAUUAGGGAAACGCAAGGGAAAGAAGGAGGCGAGAUUGCCUUUGAAAGUCUUGUGGAUGAGGAGGACAAGAGUAUUAAGGAGUUUGCUGAGAAAGUAUCGAGAAUUCAAUAAAAUCGAUAAACAUAUGUACCGCGACAUGUAUAUGAAGAUCAAAGGAGGUGUUUUCAAGAAUAAACGUGUGAUGAUAGAAAAUAUUCACAAGUUGUUGAAUACGAAGAAAGCUAUAGAGAAAAUAAAGAAUUGUUUUAAGUGA